AUGUUCCCCGGGCACGCCCUCUCCCUCACCCUCGCCUUGUUGGCUGUUUCUGUCAACUCCGUGCAAGUCAUCGGAAACGUCGCGGAUCUUCCCAAUAUAUCGUUCGACUUCAUUGUCGUAGGAGGUGGAACGGCAGGUAAUGUUAUCGCUAAUCGUCUGACGGAGAACCCCCAUGUCUCUGUCCUCGUCCUUGAAGCUGGGGUAACAAAUGUGGAUGCCACCAAUACCAUCAUACCGUUCUUCUGCCCAAGGGCAUCUCCUGGGACACCGUUUGACUGGAAUUUUACAACAACACCGCAGCCCGGCCUCGGUGGACGGUCAAUACCCUACCCCCGGGGUCACAUUCUAGGUGGAUCGAGUUCAAUCAACUAUCUAGCUUAUACGCGAGGGUCAUCCUCUGACUGGGAUAGCUACGCAAAGAUAUCGGGAGACGACGGAUGGAGCUGGAAAAAUAUUCAAUCAUACAUUCGCAAGAAUGAGGCUUGGACACCUCCAGCUGACAUGCACAAUACACAAGGCCAAUUCAAUCCAGCAGUUCACUCUACCACAGGAAUCAAUUCUGUCAGCCUGUCCGGGUUUCCGCGUCCAAUUGACAGUCGGGUCAUUGCAACGACCCAGCAACUGGAUGAAUUCCCAUUUAAUUUAGACAUGAACUCUGGGAAUCCUCUGGGCAUAGGCGAGCUGGAUCCAGAAUACGGUAAAGGGUGGAAGGAGGAGCAGCUCCGCGACAUCAUAUUUGGGCCCGGCCUUCAUCACCCGACCCAACUUGCACCAGAACAGGAAAGCCCUCGCAUUCGUCUGACGGCUUCGAAAGAAGUUAUUUUGUCUGCCGGUACGGUGGGCACUCCCCACAUUCUGCUCAAUUCCGGCAUUGGCGACAAGAAAGCACUCAAAGCGUUGGGCAUCUCCUCGGUAGUCGACCUACCAGACGUCGGCAAUAAUUUAUCCGAUCAUUCUAUUCUUCAAAAUUCGUUCUUCGUCAAUUCAACGGACACCUAUGACAGCGUUAAAAGAAAUGCGACAUUGGCGGCAGCUCAGCUCGCCCAGUGGACUUUGACGGAGACAGGCCCGUUGACCGCAUCACCGAUUGAUCACAUAGGAUGGCUUCGUCUCCCGAACAAUACUACUAUAUUCAAAUCCUUUAAGGAUCCUUCCUCAGGACCCACUGCGCCCCACUACGAAUUUCUUAUUGCUAACGGGAUGCUUGGCCCAACCUUGCCUGCAACUGGCAAUUUCAUGACUGUCAGCACAGCUGUUGUCUCCCCAGUAUCCCGAGGGAAUAUUACUUUGGCAUCUAAUGAUCCCUUUGACGAUCCUCUGGUCAAUCCUAACCUCUUAGGAUCAGAUUUUGAUCUUUUCACAAUGCGCGAAGCAAUUCGGAGCGUACAGCGAUUUUUGUCUAGUCCUGCUUGGAAAGGAUACGUCAUCGGUCCAUUUGGCGCCCUUGCGACCGCAAACACAGAUGAUCAACUCAAUGCAUACAUUCGUGCUGGCGCCAAUACCGUGUUCCAUCCAUUCGGUACAUCGGCGAUGUCCCCCAAAUCCUCGUCACACGGAGUUGUAAACCCUGACUUGCUCUUAAAGUCGGCAAAAGGGUUGAGGAUUGUGGAUGCUUCAGUACUGCCCUUCGUACCAGGAGCGCAUCCGCAGUUCCACGUCUACAUCGUUGGAGAAAGAGCCUCAGACCUCAUUAAGCAGAAAUGGAAGCUCUAG